AUGCAUGAAAUUGGAUUUCCUGAUAAAUUUAUCCAGUGGACCAUGGAGUGUGUGCAAACAGUGAGUUAUAGUAUCCUUGUCAAUGGUGAACCUACACAACCAUUUGAGGCAGCUAGAGGUUUACGGCAAGGCGAUCCCAUGUCACCAUUCCUAUUUGCUAUAGGAAUGGAAUAUCUUAGUAGACUACUCUACGGAUUGCCAGACGUUAAGUCAUUUCAGUUUCAUCCAAGAUGUGCCAAGCUCAAUAUUAGCCACCUUUGUUUUGCUUAUGAUUUAUUACUAUUUUCCAGAGGUGAAUUAACUUCAAUCACUGCCUUACACAAGUCCUUUACUGAAUUUUCCUUAUGUUCUGGCAUUCAAGAAAACCAUGGCAGGAAUGCUGUGUAUUUUGGUGGAGUAUCAGUGAUUGAACAGAAUCAAAUCAUGCAACACUUAGGUUACUGUUUUGGUGAGCUUCCUUUUAAAUACCUAGGAGUUCCACUGGCAACUAAGAAAAUUUCCAUCAUCCAGUGGCAACCUUUGGUAGACAAGAUCACAUCCUGA